CUCUUGUUAUUUGCUCGCUGGGCUGGGUCUAGCAGACCAGGAGAAGGGGGCGGCGCCGUCACCACUACCCGGCCCCCUCGUCCCUCCUUCGACUCUUGCACCUUUCUUACUUUCUCGCCUGCACGUCCGUCCUUGCAGAACAGAGCCUGCCCGGAGAGGCGCCUCAGCGACAGGCCUUUAGCUGGAAAUGGCGGCAGGGACGAGCUGAACUGAAGCGGGUGGAAGGGAGCAGGAAACAGCCAGCAAAGCUCGCGCACGCCAGUCAGGCGCCUGCUGGUCUCCGGGGUCGCCAUGAGGCUGCUGCGGGCCCUGCUGAGAAGCGUCUCCCCGGCCACUAUCCCCCAGCAAGUGGACUUCUAUUGCCGCUUCUCCCCGUCCCCUCUUUCCAUGAAACAAUUCCUCGACUUCGGAUCUGACAAUGCUUGUGAGAAAACGUCCUUUAUGUUUCUGCGACAAGAGUUGCCUGUAAGAUUGGCAAACAUCAUGAAAGAAAUAAGCCUGCUUCCUGACAACCUUCUCAAAACACCUUCAGUUCAGCUUGUUCAGAGUUGGUAUGUCCAAAGUCUUCAGGAGAUCCUCGAUUUUAAAGACAAAAGUGCUGAAGAUUCAGAAGCUGUAUCUCGUUUUACAGAUACUGUGAUAACAAUACGGAAUCGUCACAACGAUGUCAUUCCUACAAUGGCUCAGGGCGUGAUAGAAUACAAGGAUCACUAUGGUGUCGAUCCAGUGACCAGUCAGAACGUGCAGUAUUUUUUGGACCGUUUCUUCAUGAGUCGCAUUUCAAUUAGAAUGUUGCUUAACCAGCACACUAUGUUGUUUGGGGGGAAAGUCAAAGUUAACCCAGCUCAUCCCAAACACAUUGGAAGCAUUGAUCCUAAGUGCAGCGUUGCCGAAGUCAUAAAAGAUGGCUAUGAAAAUGCAAAGAGACUUUGUGACUUAUAUUACAUGGACUCUCCGGAACUUGUACUUGAUGAGCAGAAUGUCCUUUUAGGCCGGGCUUCAACCUGCUGUGCUCCCACUGUGCUGGCCAUUUCUGAUAGUACAAGACCCUCCUGCAACUCAGCUAGAGGAGGAGACUCACUCGCCUCCAGGCCCCUGAAUGCAAUGAGAGCUACCAUGGAACACCAUGCUGAUCGAGGUAUUUACCCUCCAAUCCAUGUUCACGUCACAUUAGGGAAUGAAGAUUUAACUGUGAAGAUGUGUGACCGUGGUGGUGGUGUUCCUUUGAGGAAAAUAGAUCGCCUGUUUAACUAUAUGUAUUCAACUGCACCACGUCCCCGUGUUGAGACAUCACGAGCAACACCACUAGCUGGAUUUGGUUAUGGCUUGCCUAUAUCACGUCUCUAUGCUCAGUACUUCCAAGGAGAUCUGAAGCUUUAUUCUCUGGAGGGUUAUGGUACAGAUGCUGUUAUCUUCAUCAAGGCUUUAUCAACGGAAUCUAUUGAAAGACUGCCUGUGUAUAACAAAUCAGCUUGGAGACAUUACACAGCAAAUCAUGAAGCUGAUGACUGGUGCGUCCCAAGUAGUGAGCCGAAGGACAUGACUACAUUCCGCAGCAUAUAGCCAUGUGGGACAGAUAUGGCAAACUGAAAAAUAGCCUUAGUACCAGUGUGUGUCAGGACUGUGUAAACCUGACUUACUCCAGUACAGAUUGAGUAUUUUAUAUAGGGGAACAUACAUAGCCACUAAAUGAGAAUGUCACAUCUUUUUCUAGAUACCUGUGCAUUGUUUUAAAAAGUCCAUAUUUCUAAUGCAUUUCAAUCCAUUGCUCUUAAGUUGCUUUAGCAGGUGGAUCGGGGAUACAGUUCUAGGUAGGUUAGAUAAAAAGAUCAGUGCUUGUUCAAAUACUGUACUGUUUUGAUUAUCAAACUUUCUAAUGAAGCAUUCAUGGAGAUUCGUAGUAUUUAAACUACCUUAUAAAUCUCCCUUAGGAAGUGGUUGCACUAGCACAGCACUCUACAAUGUGAGAAAUAGUAGAUAAUUAUCAUCUGUUUUUCUUUUCGAAAUAUUUCUUGACAUCAAGCAAUUUGAAUUUGUAGUAGUAGAUAGCAGCCAUAAUCCAUAAGGUUCUGGUAUAUAUUUUGUGUAUGAUUCAGUUAAAAUUAGAAGCACUGGAAUCCUAUUAAUUUCAGUUGGAGUUAAACAUACAUACAUUAAAAUCUUGAAAGCAUUUAACUGGGAAAUUAUAAUUAUAAUUUCAACUCUGUGGUACUGCACAACAAUAUCAGGAUUUUUUUUACAUCCAAUUUGCUUCUACUCAAAACAGUCAGGUAUUUCAUAUUUAGGCAUUUGUUUCUCAGCAGCUACAAAUUAGGAAUGUGCACAGAACGGAUUUUGUGUUUUGUUUCGAGCUUGAAACGAAACAAAAUGGUCAAAAUAUUCUGUCAAAACACAGUUGAACUGGCUGUUUAGACAGAACUCAAAAUAUUUUGAGUGUUCCAGCCAUAGGAAGCAAUGGGGGAUUCAGAACACCCCGUUGUUUCCCAUGGGUAGCUCCUAGGAACACUAAAGUAGGUUGGGUGGUAGGGCAUGAUAGGUGCCCUGCCACCAAUCCUAUGGGGGUUUGGGGAAAAGGUUAAAAAUGUGUUAAUAAUUGCCCACUUGCCCAGCUCUUGUGGAUUGGGUUGGUAGGUAGCACCCAUCAUACCCUACCACCCAACCCACCUUGAUCCAGCAAAACCAGAUAGUUAUAGCAGCAAUAGCACUGCAUAUUACACUCUUUACUCAGUGCUGAGAAAAUAAAACCACAAAAUCAAGCCUUCCUUGAUUCCUUCCUCUUCUCCUGAUGUAUCUUCAAGAGCUCUCUCCGCAUCCCAAUUCCUUUGAAUAAGUUGUGAAAUUUCCUCCUUUUGUGUUCCCUCCUCCCUCCUGUCAGCCAGUGGGGGCACAGGUGCCAGUGACAACACUUGAUUUGUAUAACAAGCCAACCAAGAAGCAAGGAGAUUGCAAGCCUAUUGGAAGCCAGUGCCAGAAAACCAAUCAGCAAGGGGAAAACAGCCUGCUAAAAUGGUGCUUGGGAUGUUGAAAUUUAUUUGAAGGGCAUUCUGUAUUGAUCUUGAAACAGCCUGUUUUGAGUCGGAAUGUUCUGAUGGCUAAAGGUUAUGCACAUCCCUACUACAAAUAAUACAAACACAUUGGGCACAAUCCAACCAAAAAUUAAGCAUUUCAGAUCAUUGGUUUCAAUUUGAGAUAGUUAAAUAGGUCUUUAAUUCUCAUAUUGGCAUUAGUUUAAAAGAGUUUAACUUUGGUUGAAUCAUGCCACCAUUUUGAAAUAAGUCAGCAUUGGUAGAGUACUGCCUACCUUUCAGAUGGAUAUACCACUUGCACUAGUUUUGCGAAGUACAACUGGUGAGAAAAACCCAUUGUAUUGCUUCCUGAACAUGUGCAUCAUCUGCCUGCACAGCUAGCAUCGUGUCAUGUUUUUGUGGUGGUGAUCAGGCACACCAGCUGCUAAAUGCUCAUCCUAGCUUUUAAGCACAGUUUCUUUUUUACAGCAAACUUUACGAGAGAUUGUUAAGUCUGUGUUCGAUCAUUGUGCAUUAUACUUUUGCAGUCUAAUCAUUAUAGACUAGUUUUGUUUUACACACCUAUAGCAUUUCUCUUAAUGCAUUUGGUUGUACUUACUUUAUCUUCAUCUUGCUUUAAAGCAUUACUAGUGGAAAAAAAGUUGAACAUUAUCAACAUAUUGGCCCAUGUACAGCACGGUGGCGUGCAGGUUGAAAACACAGCGGUGCAGUUGUGCCAAAAAACUGCAAAUGCCAUUGUGUGAGCCAUUAUUUCCAACAGCUGUGAAACUGCAUUCAUGCAGUUUUGACAGUUGUACAAGAGCGCUCUUGCAGAACUGCUUUGACAUUGUGUUUGUAUUACAACAGCCUGCCCAAUGCUGCAUUGCAUGUGGGCCAUCGGUUCCCUAGUUUCCCUUUAGAGUGCAUGUUUCAUACCAUUCUGGCCUUUUAAAUGGAAAAUGUAUGUCUCGCCACCUUUUUCCAUACAAACUUGACCAAAGUUAAAGCAGUAGCAUUAAAUUAAGUGCAUUCCACUGAAUUCAAUUGAAUUCUGUGUCUGGUAAUCCCUUAUUACUAUCAUAGUAAUUUUUAGUGAAUUUGAUGCCUAAAGUGCAAGGAAAACUUACAGGGUCAAACUACCUUACGUUGGAGCUGUGUGUGUGGUGUUUUCUGUAAUCCCACUCCCCUUCAAAAACCAAUGACAGGGCUGCAGAUUUGGUUUGGGGUGGCCACAACCUGAUCCAAAUAGCACCUCCCUUUAGAAAUAAAGGGGAAAACUAACAUAGUUGUGCAUAAUUUUCAGAACAGUUGCUCACCCAAAAUUUCUGUUCACUGUCAGUUCUGUACUAAUGUCAGGUGGACACUGGUAUACUUUAAUUUGUUGAGCAGACAUUCAUAAGCUUUCCCUGCUUCAUGAACACUGCAUAUAUGGAAAUGUAUACACAAGCACUUCCUCUUACUGUGACUUGUAUAGUCAGCAUAUGUGAUAUAAUGCCCAAGAUGGAGACUAUCCAUUCAACUUUUUCGUUCCAGGCUUUCUGGGAUAUUGGUAGCUGAUAAUUCACUCUAUGGUAUCUUAUACUAAUAAUAAUUUCUUAUAGCUUUAAUUCCCAUCCAUGAUAACAGUAAUUCAGUUGCCCCUACUUGUGGCCCUCUAACAUGUGCAUGAAGAAAUAAAGAAUGUAAUUUCAGAACUUCAUUAGCAAGCUUGCAGCAUCCAAGAUUGUGCACAGACUCACACACUACUGUGGCAAGUAAGCAAGAGAAAACUGCCAAUUCAUGGCAAGCAUGCAUUUGCUAUUUCCACCCCUUUCCAUGUCUGGUGGAUAGAGUCUUCUCCAUCCACCUUCAAAUGUAGGGUGCAAAUGUCAGGCAAAUGUUGGAUGUUAAGAGGGGACCUGAUGUCAUCCACCUGACAUUGGUGUGUUCUCAUUAAAUAGAAAGAGAUGAAACUACUAGUGAGUACUAGGAGCACACAUUCACUGGGGCCGUCCAGGAACGGAAGUACUGGCCCUUCCUCUCGCCUUAAAUAGCCACAUGGUCACACGGGGUGCAAGCGCCGAGGGGAGCUGUGGUAGUCCACACAGACAGGCUUCAGCACAAGCACAGAAUCCAUUUCUAAUGGAUUCAUUGAACCAGAUCUGGCAGUUUUCUCCGACAUACUUGCAAUUAUGUGUGAAUCUACCCUGUGAGUCUAAAUAUACUUACUCAGGAAUAAGGCCCCUUUAAAAGCAAUGGCGGUACCAAAUGAUGUGUGUUAAGUUUUGAGUGAUGAGGGGGGAAAAGCAGACCAGCAGUCAACUAUACUUUUGGAAAAGAUAAAUCCUGCCAUGAGCUAGUAAUUAAGGAUUUUGAUAAGCUUAGCACUAUAAAAAGUUGAUACUCAGACCUGCCAUUCACAGCUUUGGUUACCUGUCUUUGGAAAAGGGCAGAGGCAGCAACCUCUUGCUUUGAAGGACUGUACUCCUAGCUCCCAAUCCAGUAAUAGGUAGGUCUCUGCAUGGAGCCUGGUAACAGAUGCUUCUUUAUCUGUUUACCAACAGGAUCUGCAUCUAGAAGUCUGGUUAUUUAUUCGCAUUGUCUUAGCUGGAUUGGGAUGACUGACUGGUUCUUUAAUUUAAACUACUGAAAAUGUAGAGAUAUCCAUAACUAACUGUGGUGAUCUCUGUGCUUGAUCAUAGGUAUAAUUAGUUGAUUUACUGUUAAGUUGGAUUCCCAUUAAUGCAGUAUUUCAGAAAAUAUUAAUUUAUGAGCCUUUUAAGGAUUAUUCACUUACUGCUACUACUAGAACAAGGUUAAAAAAAUUGCUUGCAGAUGAAUAAAAUGGAAACAAAAUAGACUUUUUUUUAUCUAGGAUUUUAAAUCUUGUACUGUGAAAGUUUGGCAGGUAAGAAAAUGGCUUGCAAUGAUUUUUGUAAGAACCAAUAAAGCCUAAGCAUUUUUUAAAAAUCAGGUUUUCAGCCCAUUAAUUGUGUGGAUGUCUACGGCUGUUUCACUCAUGAUCACUUCACUCUAGAAACCACCAGUAUUUUUAGUGUCAUACUUUGAAUAAAUGGGAACUUGCACAAAUGCAUAUUUAUAGCAUGUAGGUUGUUUUAGGACUUCUAAAACUGUCUUAAUGAUUAAGGGGGCGUAUUUGAUUAUUGUAAUUAAAAAAAACAACUUAGGGAGCCACUCUUGCAAUAUCUCUAGGCUUCUGAAUCUGUAGUAAAUACAUAUCUCACCAAGAGGCUGCAGUUACCAGUUGGGUCUUGUGAUUUUAUGGUCCAGAUUUACGAGCUUUGCUUCCUGCAACAUCAGUGGCAGUAACCACAUAAAACAGGAGCACAGACCAGGCCUCCUUCAGAGCAGAAGACCAUGUGCCAUCAUCAGUAAUAAUGGAUAAUCUGAAGACCCCAACACUUUUCUUCAGAGCAAUUUCAAGAUUGUUGUUAGAUAACUAGGAAGAAUGAGAUAUCUGAUGCCUUGUGUAUGUUGCUCCUUUGUUUGAUACGUCAGACAAAUGAUCAGCUUUGUUUGAUACGUCAGACAAAUGAUCUCAGAACAGUAGUACAGCUGCUGGUCAGCUCCUGACUUGACUACUGCAAUGCACUCUAUGUGGGGCUGCCUUUGUAUGUAAUCCAGAAACUGCAGUUGGGCCAGAAUGCGGCAGCCAGGUUAGUCUCUGGGUCAUCUUGGAGAAACCAUAUCACUCCUAUCUUCAAAGAGCUACAAUGGUUGCCAAUAAGUUUCUGGCAAAAUACAAGGUCUUGGUUAUAACCUAUAAAGCCCUAAACAGCUUGAGCGAGGUUUGUCAGCAGGCCCUUGUUGCCACUGGCUCAUCUGGCGGCUACUCUGGGACGGGCCUUCUCCGUUGCUGCACCGAGGCUUUGGAAUGAGCUCCCUGCUGAAAUAUGAGGGGGCCCCCGCCCCGGCAUCUCUUGCAACUUUUAAAAAGCCAGUCAAGACACAUUUGUUCAACCAGGCUUUUAAUUAGAUACUGUUUUAAUAGCUUGAUGGUUUUUAAUAGUGUUAAUGGUGUUUUAAAUUUUAAAUUGUUAUAGUGUUUUAAUCUUUUUAUUUUGUUUUUAUUGUUUUGUUGUAAACUGCCCAGAGACUUGUGUUUUGGUCAGUAUAAAAUAUGUCAAAUAAAUAAGUAGAGUGGUGGACUAA